GCCAGGCUGAAUGUGACUUUAGUCAACACCGCGGAGGAAGAGAAUACACUCUACCUUAAUGACAAAUGCGGAGCUGAGUUCGUGCAAAAGGGCCAGCAACCCCCCAAGGGCAUGGAAGAUGAGCGAGGCAAGUGGCACCUCCUAGAUGGAGAUAAGAUGGCCGUUCUCGCCGCAGACUUCCUCAUGGAUGCGCUGAAGGAGAGCGGUCUGCCUCCGCCAGGGGACGAGGGUGGUCAAGCGGGCGAUUGGAAGGUCGCUGUGGUUCAGACAGCGUAUGCAAACGGGGCCUCGACUCGCUACUUGAGAGACAAAGGCAUUCCUGUGGUCUUUGCCAAGACAGGAGUAAAGCAUGUUCAUCACGAGGCGGAGAAAUAUGAUAUCGGAAUCUAUUUCGAGGCGAAUGGACAUGGCACGGUCAUUUUCGGUGAGACUAUGGCAAAAGCCAUCUUGUCCCAUAAAGAGAAACUAGAAAAAGGGGUGGUAAGCGAGUCGGAAGUAAGCAAAAAGGAGAAAAUUGCGACGACCCGCCUGGUGUGCGCCCAGCAACUGAUCAAUCAGGCCGUCGGUGACGCCAUGAGCGACUUGCUGUUCGUGGAAGCGGUGUUACGCCUGAAGGGAUGGGACAUCGCUGACUGGCACAAGCGGCUCUACACCGACUUGCCUUCCAAGCAACUGAAGCUUCAGGUGCAGGACAGGACCGUCAUGAGCUGCAACAAGGAUGAGACGCGUGCAAUGACGCCAGGAGGGCUCCAAGAGGCUCUGGACGUGCUCAUGGCAAGCUCCGCGGUCGCUCCGCAUGGACGCGUUUUUGUCCGGCCCUCGGGAACGGAGGAUGUCGUGAGGAGGCAGCUACUCCAGAAAUAGCUGCACAAUUGGCCUUGGAUGCAUCAAAAAUAGUGUAUGAUAUGGCUGGAGGGGUCGGGGUGCGGCCCGCUUGCGGUCAGAGGACACGAGGAUAAAAGGGAAACAUGCCGAUUUGUUCUGUCUGAGAGCGAUAAGUUUUCCCAAAAAAACAUUUUGGCGUACAAAAUGCUCACUAUCUGUAAAUUUCUUUACGUGAAUCAAUAUCAUUAUUGUCGUCCUUCGGGUAAAAUGGCAACGGCUGUUUAUUUAUCGGUGGAAACAGCAACGGACAAGAAUUUUGGGGGAACAUCGAGGGACUCGUGCCUCAUGGACUCACGAACAUUAUGUCUUUCUCAGGAAACCAGAAUUAUGUUUUCAGCCCUCCGAAUGCUAUGAGGU